AUGAUGGACAAUAGAAGCUACUCUAACAUGCCAGACAAACUGCCUGUCUUCAGUGAUUCCUCCCACUUUCCACUGACCAGGUCCUUCUAUCUGGACCCCAUGGUCACGUUCCACCUCUACCCAGAAGGCCCAGUGCCAUCCCCUUACUCGGAAAACUUGCCAUUGCUGCCUUUUUCCAGUGACUCCCUGAUUAUGGAAAAUUAUGGUGAACCCUGUGCCUUCUCCUUCCCAAUGCCUUAUCCAAAUUACAGAAGGUGUGACUAUGCCUACGGGCCAGCCUUUAUCCGGAAAAGGAAUGAGCGGGAAAGGCAGCGGGUGAAAUGUGUCAAUGAAGGCUAUGCCCAGCUCCGACAUCAUCUGCCAGAGGAAUACUUAGAGAAACGCCUCAGCAAAGUGGAAACCCUCAGAGCUGCCAUCAAGUACAUUAAUUACCUCCAGUCCCUGCUGUACCCUGAUGAGGCUGAGACCAAGAAUAAUCCCAGGAAAGGUUCCUCCAUAAUGGCAACCACCACCCGCCACUCGGACUCCAUUUUUAGAAUCAUUUGA